AUGGUAGCGGAAGCUUGGAGUUUGGUUACGGCAGUGACGCUAAGACGUGCGUGGAAUAAACUGAAAGGCCUACCGUCUGAGAAGAACAAAAAAAAAGAAUCUGAAGAAAAUGAGAAACAAGAAAAUGGAGAGGAUGAAGAUGAUGAAGAUGCGUUGUCACUAGAGGAAAUAAGAAAAAUGAUUGUAAAAAUUCCUGGUUGUACAGAAGUAAGUGCUGAAGAUGUAGGAGAGUGGAUGGCUUGUGACACGUCUGACCCUGGUUUUCAAAUUCUCAAUGACGAUGAAAUUGUUGAAAGUGUGAGAGAAGAUGUUGAAGUGGAAGUGGGAGAAGAACUUUCUGCUGAUGUUGAAGUAGACGCUGGACCAUCAGCUAGUGAAGCAUUUGCCGGCCUCGAGACUGCUUUGAAGUGGAUGGAGCGUCAGCCCGAGUGUGACCACUUGCAACUGCUCACCGUCAAGCGAAUGCAUCUCCAACUGUGGCUAAAGUGGUUUGAAGAAUUAAGUGAUAGUAACAUUCCUGAGGAUGAAAGCGAUUUUGAAGAGGUCGAUCAUAUUUCAGAUAGUGAACAUAAGUCGGAAUCUGAGCAAGAAACAAGUGAAACAGAGGAUGCGGCGCAGCCUAUACAAAGCAGAAAUGAGUCCAAUCUGCCAUAUAAUUUUUAUGUAGUGAGUAAGAUUGAUGAACAAUUGCUCGCGUUCAGGGGUAGAUGCAGCUUCAAGCAGUAUAUACCAAGCAAGCCUGCAAAGUAUGGGGUAAGGACGCGUCCGUUGACAACCAGCGAAUUGUUGGAAGAAAUUGAAAACAUCGAAAAUUCCGAAGAUCUUCCCGAUGGAAUUAUUAUUACUCCACCAGACGAUUUUUCCGACAACACGGACUGCGACUCUGGAGACGAAGUUUCCAAUGAUCCGGACCACUUGAACAGCAAUCAACUUUCUGCUCAAGCUGAAUAUUACUUCAUGGACAAUGAAAGGAGAUCACAAAAUGAAACAGUGAUUGAGGGGGUUGCUGAUAUUGAGUGGAGUGGAGAAGACAAUUUGCCGCUCGCAUAUUUUGCAAGUCACUCUGAAUAUGAAAAAUGUAAGUGGAUGAAAGGCGACCUACAGAGUGAUAAUACGGAAACAUUUUCACAUUUUCCACCUCCACUUACACUGACAUCGGAGAGUUCGCCCCUCCAAUUUUUUCAACUAUUUUUGUCACCCGAUAUUCUAACAGAUCUUGUAAAACACACCGUCGCAUAUGCUUCUAAAAAGAACAAGCUGAACUUUGAACUUUGUUUGGACGAAAUGUAUGUUUUUGUUGGAAUUUUAGUUUUGUCUGGAUACGUUCCUCUACCGAGAAGACGGAUGUAUUGGGAAGAAAGUGAGGAUGUUCAUAAUGAACUAGUCGCCAAAUCAAUGCGUCGAAAUCGAUUUGAAGAGAUUUCUAGCGUUUUCCAUGCUGCUGAUAAUGACAAUCUCCCAGAAGGUGAUAAGUUGGGAAAGAUACGUCCCUUUAUUGAAGCCAUAAAUAAAAAUUUUAUAAAGUACGCACCAAUUGAAGGUAAUAUUUCUAUAGACGAAGCGAUGAUACCAUACUACGGUAGGCACGGAUGCAAGCAAUACAUAAGAGGCAAGCCCAUUCGCUUUGGAUAUAAAGCUUGGGUUGCUGCAUUGAAAUGUGGCUAUUGUUUGCAGUUUGAUAUAUAUCAAGGAAGGAAGCAGAAUAUAGAAAAUCUAGGGGAUACAAGCCCAAAAGACCACCGGGUGUCCCAAGCUUUAAUCACGCAACGAAAAGCUUCCGAUGCAGUACUUUAA